AUGCGAAUUCCUAUUCUCAUUCUACUGGCAAUGGUCCCAAAUGGGCGUGGCCAAUACGGAGAAGAGACGCCCAACUAUUGCGCGGAUUACGUCGAAUGCGCGGCGGUGUCGGUUCUCGAAGAGCGUUUAUGUCUCGGCAACUCGGUUUGGCGUCCCUACUGGCUGCCGGAUCGUCAUGAUCCCAAAAAAUGUCACGAGAAGCUUAAAAAUGAUUAUAUUAUGUUGGAGCGUCUUGAAGAGGAGCUUGACACUCAGCUGAACGCGUGCUUGAUGGAGAACUCGAAGCCGUUGGAGAACGCCGACGAGUGCUCGAGAAUCGCGAAGAGCCCGAAAUUCUCGUUCGGCAGAACGAUCACCUACGUGCCGACGCGAUGCUUCACGGGUCUCAAGAAUCGCAUUAAACGCCAGUGCGGCGCUCUGGCCAAGUGUUGUCCGGCGCUUUCGCGAUGCCGCCUACUCACACUCGAAUCCACACUUCAGAAGAUGAUCAACACGACGACGGCGAAUCUCAAGAAGCGCGCCGUCGACUGCGAGAAGGGUCUUGAGGUGGCGCCGCUCACACUGGAGAACCAUCAAUUCUCGACUGACAGCAACACUGAGGACAUCGGCGUGCCGGGACCCAGCGGCAAUGUCGUCGUCAAUUUUCGUGAUCAGGAGACGCUUCGGAAGCAGAUGGACGACGACAAAUCGAAGGCGUCGGGAUUCGUGAACGUCCGAUUCCAUACCCAAGACGAGCAUGAAGCGCACGCGAACAAGGUGCUCAUUCGGUACGGCGACAAUGAGCCGAAAUUGUCGUAUCCGGAACGAGUUGCCGAUUUUGAGAAGAAGUACAACAAGGCGAUGAAGCAUACCAAAUAUUAUAAGGAUCGAAUUUCCGAAUUGGACAAGAUUGUCAAUCAAGGUGUUGAGUCGCUGAUUGACGCCGCCACCGUGUCCGACACAGCUCCACCAAUGGGUACCGUAACCCUAUCAGCGUCCAAUGACGAUCAGAAUUUGGUCGUUGAAGAUUUUGGAAGUGGUACCGAAGCGGUCACGUCAAGCCCUAUCAUUUUUGUGGAGAAGGAGAAUGAAGCUGGAGUAGGUCAGGCGGUCGCGUGCAAGCCGAUGACGUCGUUCAGAUUCCAGAGGAUUCUGGAGCUUCUCGGCGAGAAGAACGACUCUGAUGACAUGAUGGAGAUUAGAAAGCUUGUGAAGAACUUUGAGGAGAAGCUCAAAGGCAAAACGUUGAGUGCCGAACAGAUGAACAAGGCGAAAUUGAUCGAAAAAUCUCUCGAGAUGCUCAUUCAGCAUUUCGAAGUCGACGAUUUCCACAAAAUCGCGAACGACACCGACAAAAUACUGUCGUCCGACAUUCCCGUGUGCAAUUCAAGCGGAGAGCCGGAGGGCUCCGGAGCCGUCGACGUUUCGGAAUCGCUCGAUGGCGAAACCGCCACCAUGUUGGUCGACGACAAUGGCGACAAAUUUCUGAUCAAUCAAGGCGCGACGGCGCUAAUCGUCGGCGAAGCCAACACGACGAGUUUGGACGACGUCGAAAAUGUGACAAACUUCAUUUCCGACGAAUAUCGCCGCGAAAUCCAGGAGUUUCGAAAACAGCAAAUGCUUUGGAGUAUGAAAAAUGGCAAAGGCGCCAAAUAUAAUCGUCGAAAUGAGACGACGUGCGAUAUGUACAUGAGGUGCCGCAGUCAGAUGCAUCUGGCUGUCGACAGCUGCGCGUGGCGAUUCGCCAGCGAUCAACUAUUGGCGACGAUGGCCGAAUCCGCCGAGAGCCUUCUGUUCAAAGACGACGGCAUGUGCUCGCAGAAAGACGGCGAGCAAUAUACCAGCUUGUACGAGGCGAUGAUUGGCAGGAACGACAAGUUGCGCGAGUGUCUCGACGAGAAGAACGCGAAAUUUUUUGAGCAAUCGGUGUGUCUCGCCUACCCGGAAGACCAACGGAAGACGUAUGAAGCGGCUGUGAAGCGGCUCCUCGACGCCGAUUAUCCGUAUCAGAAAUCGUUGGAGUGUUUCAAAGACGCGAAUUUGGUGCAAGAGAAAUGCUCGAAAUUGCGCGAUUGUUGCCCGAAUUUCGACGUGUGCCGCGAGACGACGUUCGACGCCGAAUCCGAGCGGACGAUCAUCAAUCUGACGGCGCGCCUCAACGCGAUCAAACAGGAUUGUGUGAAGGCGAAGGCGAAGAGCGCCGUGAAGCUCGCCGUCCGCCAAUUGUUGUUGUCGAACUCGGCGGGCCGACACUUGCUCCAACUCGGUUUGGAUAUUUCGCGUGGCGCGCGCGUCGUCCGAAUGGCCAAAUAUCGUGAAUAA